GCAGGUGCUGUGGUACAGCUGCCCCUGGCCCAGUUAGAAGCACAGAGAGCUGAGUGAUCGCUGACGCCAGCCUGAAGGCAAACCUUGAGCUGUACAGAAGGAAGCAGUCAGUCUCUCCAAAGGGCUUAUUCCACUAGAAGCGCGAUGGCUGAACUCAAUACUCAUGUGAACGUCAAGGAAAAGAUCUAUGCGGUUAGAUCCGUCGUUCCCAACAAAAGCAAUAAUGAAAUAGUCCUGGUGCUACAACAGUUUGAUUUUAAUGUGGAUAAAGCUGUGCAGGCCUUUGUCGACGGCAGUGCAAUUCAAGUUCUGAAAGAAUGGAAUAUGACAGGAAAAAAGAAGAAUAAUAAAAGAAAAAGAAGCAAAUCCAAGCAGCAUCAAGGCAACAAGGAUGCUAAGGACAAAGCAGAGAGGCCUGAAGUGGGGUCCAUGCAGCCACAGCCACCAGUGCAGAACGGCCUGGCCAGCAGCUGUGAGAAGGACAGCUCGUCCACAGACUCGGCUGGCGAGAAGCCCGCUCUGCCCUCUCGGGAGAAGAGGAUCUCCAUCCUGGAGGAGCCACCCAAGGCGCCCCAUGGGUUCACAGAAGGCAGCAGGCUGCUACAGCAGAGACUGUCCCUAGAUGGGAACCCCCGAUCUAUCCACGGAGCCGCAGAGAGGUCAGAUGGCCCACAGUGGGCAGCCGAGCAGCCUUGGAGCCCGGGCAAGCCCAAGGCAAAGACUUCUCCUGUUAAGCCCAGUGCCCCUGCAGCUCAUCCUGAGAUGAAACCAGAUGAGCUGGCAAAGAAAAGAGGCCCAAAUAUUGAGAAAUCAGUGAAGGACUUGCAACGCUGCACUGUUUCCCUCACCAGAUACCGAGUCAUGAUCAAGGAAGAAGUGGACAGCUCCGUGAAGAAGAUCAAGGCGGCCUUCGCUGAGUUGCACAACUGCAUCAUUGACAAAGAAGUUUCAUUAAUGGCAGAAAUGGACAAAGUGAAAGAAGAAGCCAUGGAAAUCCUGACUGCUCGUCAGAAGAAAGCAGAAGAACUGAAGAGACUUACUGAUCUAGCCAGUCAGAUGGCAGAGAUGCAGCUGGCCGAACUCAGGGCAGAAAUCAAGCACUUCGUCAGCGAGCGGAAAUACGAUGAAGAGCUGGGGAAGGCGGCUCGGUUCUCCUGUGAUAUCGAACAGCUGAAGGCCCAAAUCAUGCUCUGUGGAGAAAUCUCUCAUCCGAAGAACAGCUACUCCUCCCGGAUGCCCUGCAGCUCCCUGCUGCCCCUGCUUAGUGCCCAUGCCGCCACCUCAGGGAGACAGAGUGGCUUCACCCGGAAGUCACCCAACCACGGCAAGGGCCCCGAGGGUAAAGCUUCCAACCCAAGACUGACGGGCGGUCUUCCCAGCGCCACGGAGCCCUCACACCAGGCCUUGCCAGCCACCAAGCAGAAUGGACCUUCCAGCCAAAGGCGGAGAUUUAAUCCCCAGUACCAUAACAGCAGGCUAAAUGGGCCCCCUAAGUCGCAGGGCGGCGGUAACGAAGCUGACCCCCUGGCAAAGGGCAGCACCCGACACGAACACAGGAGACAGCCGCACAACAGCUUCCGCCCCAAAAACAAAGGUGGCACCAAAAAUCAAGAGCUCCCCUUGGGGACUAAAACCCCCGAGGCCCCAGCCCAUCCUGAAAAGCUGCCACGGCGAAGACAGCACGCUGCUGACAGCUCUGAGGCCAGGCCUUUCCGGGGCAGCGUUGGCCGCGUCUCGCAGUGCAACCUCUGUCCCGCGAGAAUAGAAGUGUCCCCAGAUGCCGCAGUCCUCUCCGUCCCUGCUGUGACGCUGGUGGCCUGAGUGGGGAGAGAGCAGUCCUCACUCAGCUGGGUUCCCUGCCCCAGGUGCUGACCCAACUCGCUGCCAAAAGAGAAAUCAGUCAGAAUAUACAGGCCCCAUAUGUUAUGUAACCCUUGUAAUCAUUUUGACUAAUUCCCGUGCCCAGCUCUGCUUGCUUCGUAACCUCCAUGGCUUUGCUUGACCUGUUGGCAUUCCCUCUCAUCAAGACUGCACAUAUAGCCAGGCAGUACUGACCGCUCAUUAGGAGUCUGAGAUGUGGCUGGAGACCUAGGCCGUAGCCCUGAUGUCCUCCACAGAUGGUCGUCUUUAGUGAUUUCAUGUGGAAACAAACCCUUAACCAGGAGACAAACGCGGUCUGCUGAGACACACGCGUUUUUGUAGAAUUUCACAUCUCGUGUUUUUCUG